CGAUUAGUAUCUCCCUUGUGUCUUUUGAUUGUCUUGUUAAGGGAGUACUGUGCCAAUCGACUAAAAUUUUCUAAACAGUCUUCAUUUUUUAAGUGCUGCUGAGUUUGUUGUACUGCGAGAAAAGCUUGUCGACGCCCAUUUACACACUCACACUUGUGUGUGCAUUGCAUCUGGCAACAUGCAGACCAUCAAGUGUGUGGUUGUUGGGGAUGGAGCCGUUGGUAAAACAUGCCUACUGAUUUCCUAUACUACAAAUAAAUUUCCUUCAGAGUAUGUCCCCACAGUUUUUGAUAACUAUGCUGUGACAGUUAUGAUUGGUGGAGAACCUUACACCCUGGGUCUUUUUGAUACUGCAGGUCAAGAAGAUUAUGAUAGACUGAGACCGCUCAGUUAUCCUCAAACAGAUGUCUUCCUUGUUUGUUUUUCUGUAGUUUCACCUUCAUCUUUUGAAAAUGUCAAAGAAAAGUGGGUUCCUGAAAUAACUCAUCACUGUCAGAAAACACCGUUUUUGCUAGUUGGUACUCAAAUAGAUUUGAGAGAUGAUGUUGCAACAACAGAAAAGCUGGCCAAAAACAAACAAAAGCCAAUUUCAUUUGAGCAAGGUGAAAAACUUGCAAAAGAGUUAAAGGCAGUAAAAUAUGUUGAGUGUUCAGCACUCACUCAGAAAGGGUUGAAGAAUGUCUUUGAUGAAGCAAUCCUUGCUGCCCUCGAACCACCAGAACCUGUGAGGAGGAGAAGGUGCGUCUUAUUGUAGGCUGGUUUCUCUUGGCAGUUGUGCCAAUUGUCCACGCUCACUUAAGGUAAAUGCCUAUUUUGUCAUCCAUCCCCUAAUCCCCUUUUCCCCCCAUGCAUCAAAAUAAUUUUGUAUUUUAUUAUUAGUAGAUGUCAUAUUUUGGAACAAUCAAAUAAAUUUAACUCACAGGAAAAGUUUUGUGGGCAUUGGAGAGUACAAAAUCUCCAAAUGUUAAAGGACUCAGAGUGGUUCUUGAAACUGAAGCGCUUGUGCGCCCGGCAGCAAUUUGGCAUUUAUUAAGGGAAUGAAAGGAGGGAUGGAUUUUCAUUAAUCAAUUUUAUUUCUUUACAAAUUUCUAAAUACAUGUGAAUAUUUUUUGAGGAUGACAAUUAAUUGGAGUUGAAUUAGAUAUCAAAUUAUUAAAGAAAAAGAUACAUUUUGCAUCAAAAGUCAGAUCUCUAGUUCCCUUCUCUCAUUCUCAAUUCCGUCAUUUCUUGCAUUCAUUAAGGAAAAGUUGAGCACAAACACAGAUGUGACAGCUUGACUGACUGGAAUGGUACCCAUUUCAUGGAAGUCAAGGUUCCUUUCAAUAUAUGACUGUGAAUAAGAAUUCUUCAAACAGAAGGUUAUUUAUUUUAUAAAUAAGGGUUUUUCCGCUAAAAAAAGAAAAAAGUAAAUCUGUAUCCUUUGUGGAGGAAUAGACAGCAUUUCAUUUUAUUUUGUGAUUUGAGAAGCUUCCUUUUCUGCCAUUUUAGUGUAUUCUGUUAAAGACUUUUUGGCUGGCCAGCGAGAUUGUUGACUGAUGGUUUGGUUUGCCUAUGCUUUAACUCGACUAUCUCGCUGUGCCCAGGAUAUUGGUCUGUAUUUCAUGCCAAUUCGCGUGAGGAGCCAUAUGGCGAAUUUAUUGUAUUUCAUUUUAGUAAUUAUUUAACAGAUAUGGUAGUAUUAACAAAUAAGUUUUGGAAUGCAGGGAUUGGCUAUUUUUCCAUUACUAGCAAAGGAUGUUUGUGGGCUCUUGUUAAGUCCGAUAAGGAUUGGAGUUGGUGCGUCUGAAUGUUGCCAUAUUUAGCUAUGGAAUGUCUGUUGGCUGCAGUGUACCCCGGUAUGAGGAAGAAAGUUUUGUAUCUAUCAUCAUUAGUUUGCUUGGGUACCUAGCCCUAGGGUUGCUGAUUGUAAGGCAAUAUUUUGGACAGUUUUCAUAUCAGGUUUUAUAUUCACUACCGUUCAUAGAUUGUACAUAUUGAUAUUGACUUACGAACAGUUACAUGCAUCUUUGUUUUGAAGCCUCGCUUCAAGUAUACCGCAUUUAAUCAUGUCUGGUAUUUAACUGAGUGUGUAUUAGCCUUAUGAUGAAAUAACUAAUUUUUAAAUCAGUAAUUUUAAUGCGAAAGUUUAUAAAAAAUUUGAUAUGUAAUUAUUAACAAAAUAAAGAAAAGUCAAAUGUU